UGCAGACGUACACGGGUGAGACGCUGCAUCUGAGCCGGGUGACGAGGGCGGAGAUGGGCGUCUACCUCUGCAUCGCCAACAACGGCAUUCCGCCGCUGGUCAGCAAGAGGACCCUGGUCUCCGUACACUUCCCUCCGUCAGUACAGGUGACCAAUGGUCUGGUCGGGACGCCGCUGGGCAGCGAGAUCUCCAUAACCUGCCGCAUAGAGGCUUCUCCGCGGCCCGUAUACUACUGGGCCACGGGUGACGGAGGGAUACUGCUGACGGGCGCGAGGUACCGUGUGCGGGAGGACCGCCAGCCGCCCUACAGUUACCGUGUGACGCUGGAGAUCAGCGGCGUCAACAAUGACGACUUUCGGCCGUACGCGUGCGUGGCCAAGAACGCUGUGGGCGAGGCAGAGGACACGGUGCAGCUACACCGGAUUGAGGUGCCAGCGCGGCCGCCGCCCAGGGCGUCAGCCGACGCGCAGAGCCGGUCGGAGGCGCACUGUCGGCUGUAA